AUGGACGCGCUGUUGGAUAUAUCUCUGAGUGGGGUGUCGCUUGAUGACGCAAACGAGGCGACGGGAACGACGCGAGCGGGCGCGGCGAGGCGCGUAUCGGAGACGCCGAACGCGCGCGUCAGCGUGGAUCCGAUUAUAGACGCCUUGGAUGAGAUCAGCGACGCGUUUGACGGAACGAUGACACGCUCGGAGUUGGCAAAGCGAGUGUCUAGCGCGAACGACGUGUUGCGGACCGUGAGCGAGGUGCGGAAGAUGAGCGAGCGUCUGCGUGAUUUGUGGUCGAUGGACGAGGACAAAUCGAGAGAGUUGGCGAGAAACAUGUCGUCGCGAUGCUGGAAUUUUUCGAUCGAGAAGACGUCGCUCGAGACGAAGGCUGAGUGUGGUGGGCAGCUGAACGAGGAGUUCGUCGGUCCACUCCUCGAUAUGAGAUAUGUUUCGUGCGAGCUCUUGGAUCACGCAUCGGGAUUGAUUGAUGGAAAUGCUACGAGCGGGAUUUCAAGUCUGUCCACGGGUAUCGUGAAUCAUCUUACUCUCGCGUCGCUGUUGCACGAGGCGGGAGAGUUCAAGGCUUCGGAAGAGCAAUUCAUCAUCGCCGAGUCGUACGCGAACACGUUUUCAAAUAUGAACGGUGAACUCGACAGCGAUUCCAUGUUGAUGAUGUUCGAGGCUCAGACGGUACGCGCGAAGAACACCUUUCUGCUUGGUGACAUGGUCGGGGCACAGAAUUUUUUCCGAGACGCGCAACGAUACGCACAGAGUGCACAUAGCAAAGGAAACGAGGUCAUGUGCAUGACCACGUUGGUGAAUUCCAAGAUUAAUCUAGCUGAGACUCUGAACGUAUCCGAGAAGCUCUUGUCGAGCAAUCGGUCUGAGUUUGACAAACGCGUGAGAUUUCUCAUCGAUGCCCUCGAAACUUCUUACGGAGAUUUGUUCGCCAUUGUUCAGAAUUCUUGGUCGACGUCAGCCGUUUCAGAUGCGGACGCGAAAUACGUUCUGAAAAUGGACCCGCUGAAAAUGAGCAGUACGUUACUUCGAACGGAUGGCAUGUUCAUUCGCAUUUUGCAUAGUCUCGCCAAGCUUUACAUACACGCGAGAUCGUACGAGGAGGCUCUGACGGUGCUAGAAAAAUUGAAAACGAUCAAUUCGUACGUGAAGGAGUGCACGGGCAGCGACAGUGUCUUGGUUCGAGACUUGCACGCUCUCACCGAUUCAUUCCUGAUGGACAGCAUGUUCAUCGAAGCUUUCGCUGGGAUUGGAGAAGUGUCAAAAGCUUGCGACGUGUUAGAGGGUCUUCUUCAGGCGAAGGAGGCAGAUAUCAAUGUACUGUACGCAUCAUGUAUUAAAAUGGCUCGGAGCGAGCACGGUGCCGGCGCGGUGGCUUCCAACGUUGGCACGUUGGCGAAACGGAUGAGCUCAUUUUCAACAAAAAAGCGACAAGAAAUGAUCACCGAUAUUUUUGAAACUCUCUUCGAGACUUCGCAAAGCCUUGAUGAGUCCAGUGCAAUGUUUAUCAUUUCGCAGCUAGAGUGCUUACUCACGGAUAGCGGUCGGUUUCGGGAGAUCGGUUUCACCCGCGAUGGCCAAUCACGCGCGUACGCCAUUACCUGGAACGCCGCGGCAGAAAUGUACAACCUGAACAAGUACUCCAUCGCGCGUAAAAUGUUUGGAAUGACGCUGCCACUGUCAACGCAGAGUAAGAGAAAGAACACGAGCAGCUCCGCAGUACCUGUCAUACGGUUGCAAGUAAUGUGCGAUUUGGAGAACAACGAUAUCGAACGCGCUCGCGAAUCGCUUCAAGGCUUGAUGGAAGACAAGAGCUCAGCGGAUGUCUCGACGACUCUACUGUGCGUCAAGUUCCAACUCAUCUCUGAGGACCUCGAAGGCUUGAGUAGUUCAAUAUGUUCGCUUGUGAAAGCCGGUGAACCCGACGCUUUGUUGUACGUUGCCGGAGAGCUUGACGAUACGAGGCACCACAAAAUCGCUGCUGACGCGUUUCGGAGCCUAUACGAUAUGAUUUUGGACGGAACGAGCACUGAACGCAUGGACAAAGAAGAGUCAUUCAUUUUUUGUAGUUAUUUGCGUCAUCUCAAAGCAUCAGUGAACGGGAAGUACGAUAGAAAAGUUUUCAAAGAUGCCUCGCACCUUUUCGAAGAAUUCGUGAAGCGUGUUUCCAAACACAACAGUCUCCUAGCAGAUGCUCGUCAAACGCAGUACCUCGCUGACUUUUCAUGGAAUGUUGGCUUAGAUGCGUACGAGAGUGCAUCGACCGACGCGGCGUAUCAGUUCAUGUUCUGCUCCGCGUUCGUGGUAUCCAAACUUCAUAAGAUCCCGGAAGGACUGAGUGACGAACAGCGCUCAGAGUACAGGUACCGCCAAGCGGUGGCGCUGCUUCUAUCGAUAGCGUCUCUAACGAGCCACAACGCGAUGUCCGAUCAAGAAGAUGAAAGUGAACGUAAGAAGCGUGAAUUAUCGAACGUGGCUCGUUCAAAAGGCGCGAUGGCACAGUUGCGCGGUUUACUGAAGAACGCGGAAGAAGACAAAUACAAAGCAGUAAGACAAAUUUCUUAUGUUCUUGAGUAUGAAAUUGCGUGCGCUCAACGCGAUGUCGCAUCGCAGAGCAAGCUCGUGGACGAAAUAUCUUCGAUGAUGGCGACGGACCCUGAGUACAUUGGCGUUCUGACCAUGAUAGCGGAUAGGGGAGCAUGCAUGAAAGCUUCUGAUUUGGUCACCGUUUCCCGAGCGUACGAAGAAGCAGCCGUAGUGAUGAAGGCACACUCCUUUUCGGACUCGAAAAGACUCGGUCGGUUGAUGAGAAAGCGCAUUCAGCUUUCUUCACGAGUGUACAAGGGGAAUGACGACGCGAUCCACAUGCUUUACGACGAAGCAGAGGAGAUAUUUUCCUCGCAUCCGUCAUAUCCCCCUGUCGAAGCGCAGUGGUUGCUGUCAACCUGCUUCAAUCGAGCCGUGAGACAUGAACGCUCGAUGCGAACGAAAGAAGCGGUUGAGUGGCUCAAGCAAACGCAAAAGUUGCUGCAUGCACUCGAAAAUAUAUUACCAGACGCCUCUGAAUACUAUUCACCAAUUGUGGACGAUAACCUCGCCGUGUUGACUGUUGAACUUGGCGCGGAUUGA